AUGGAGUUGAGUUAUAGAUCGUAUCAAAAGGUGUUGAAUAUUUCAUUGAAACCAAAAACAACUCACGCCUGUUCCAAAAAGGCUACCGCUGCCGCAACCACAAAAAAAAUCGCCAAACCAAAGCGUGACGAAACUCAAAUCAAACGCAGAACUAAAACUGGUUGUUUGACUUGUCGAAAGAGAAAGAAGAAAUGUGAUGAAGAUAAAGUGAAUGGCAAAUGUCAAGCCUGUACCAGAAACUUCUUGGAUUGUUGUUGGCCAGACCCAAACACUAUUAAGACCAAAAAUACCAAACCACAACAACAAGCACAACAAUCUACAGAAGUGAAACCACAAAUAAGUCCAGUAGUAAGGCCCAAAAAAUGUGAUAUCAACUAUUUACUACACUCUCAACCUGAACCUUCAACUCCAGUGGCUACAGUUGUUGCUACUCAACCUAAAGUGCAUAUACCAUACCCAAGUCCCACAUUAUCUCCUGUAUUUACUGAAAGCAAGCCUAAUAGCGAGGUUAGUUCAUUUGCUUUGCCUCCAAUCUAUAGUCCAAACUACAAACUUCAAACUAAAGACAGUAAUGUGAGGUCAGUAUAG